UCACCGCACAACUUUUCUAUGUGAUCGUUUAUUGAAAGAACUGCUGGUUCGGAAGAAGUAGAUCCAAUCAAAGUUUUGGCUUUUAUUCUUCUAGGUGAAGAUGGAGGUGUCUAUGGUGGUGUCGUUGGUUGUGGUGUGUGGGGCGUAUGCAUUCUUCACAUACCUUUCCCAGCAUGACUCAUAUGUUGAAGUGUAUGAGGGCGAGAAGUCCGUCGUGUUGCCCUGCCAGGUAUUUUGGUUACCUGAGGUCACCAAAGUGGUGUGGAGCCGCUUCGCUCUCAAUCCUACGACCGUCCACCAGCAUCAGCACAAAGAUGAGCUUCAUGUUCAAAACCAGCAUUACAGUGGCCGAACAUCGAGUUCACCUUAUGCUCUGAAAACUGGAGACCACAGCCUCACUCUGAAAGAUCCUUACCUCUGUGACAGUGGCGUCUACACCUGCACUGUCUACAGCAAAGGAAAUAUGAUGGGCAAGAAAACUGUACAGCUGCAGGUCAAAGAACUGCCACCUUUGUUUACAAGACUUCUACAACCUGUUGUUCCCUUGACUGGUCUCCUGGCUCUUCUGCUGGUUAUUUGUCUCCUAUUUUAUUUUGUCUACAACCACAUCCCAGUCUCCCGGGUGGAGGUGGAAGACGGUGCGCCGCUUGUCAUGCUUCCUUUCCAAACUGAAACCCCGCUGCCCGCAGACGUCACAGUGGAGUGGAGCCGCUGUGCACCUGAGCCCAUGAUUGUCCAUGAGUAUCGGAACGGCCAUCUUAUCAGACAGGACAAGUUUUACAGCAACCGCACAACCCUGGAGCGACAUCGAGUGACGAUUGGAGACUUCAGUCUGACCCUGAGGAACCCCUGCUUCAGGGACAGUGCCACCUACAUCUGCACAGUCUACAAGAACAGAGACAUCCACGUGCAGAAAGUAGUGCGGCUCAAAUUCAAAGGGAGCUGGUGGUCGUGGUUUUUAGGAAGAGAGUACUGAAGAUGAAAACAGACGACCUGAAUACAGUUAAUGGGCAGCUCCUCUGGAACCAUUUUAACUUUUGUCACUUGUCUGUUUUAAAGUUUUGGUUGAUCAUUAAAUAAUGAUAUGUUUAA